GGUUUGACAGUAGUCAACUCGCCUCACGGCAGUUUUUGUUUGUUGCUGAUGUGUGUCAGGCGCGUUGAUCGCCUGCGCUUCCCGUUCGGUGUCGCGUUCGAACCGUGCGCGGCGUAGUGAUGUGAGUUGCACGAGGAGGUGUGCCGAUCCGUGGAACAUGAACCGCCUCAGCAACGGUCCGUGCACAGGCUCAAACGUCACGAUGGACAUGCACAAGGACUGGCAGCUGGAGCUGCUCAUGGAGAAGCUGCGUGCGAAAGCAUCGCAGAUGAAGACUUUCUCGGAGUCUUCGAAAUCCAUUCGAAUGACACUACUGGAUAAAAGGUAUGCCCUGGAUAGUGUGGAGAAGACACUCCACCAGAAGUGUUUGGACACUCUACAGCAUUCCAUCAAAGUUACUUCACUGCAAAGUAUGGUAGAGAGAUUGGAGAGUUUAACAAGACAACUUGGUUUGAAGUUUGUACAAGCUCCCUCUGGGGUUGAGCUGUUCAUAUCUUCAGACAUGUUCUUGGAGAUCGUUUUGAAUCAAACCGGCGCCGUUUGCGAUGUCAAAGUACAUCAUGAAGGCAGCCUCGAGCAGAAAAGCUGCGAGGAGUUAGUUUCGUGCCUGAGCAAGAACGAUUUCGCUGAUUUCACUGCACAACUCGAAGGAUUCGCUUCUAUCUACCAGUUGAACGCCGAAAAGAAAAUCAAGGCGAAGGCGUUUACAGCUUUACAAUCACUAGAGGCUGACCUGAGCAUGCUAGCGCAAUUGCAGACAUUCAUCAAGGAACCAUUCAACGUCCUGCACAAAUCACCUGUUGGUGUGUUGGAGAAGCGUCGUGGAGGACACGCCAUGCGCCUGACCUAUUUUGUCUCACCGUACGACCUCAUUGACACAGAUCUCGAAGACAUCGAGCCGAUUAGCGUUGAUACUAUACUCGAACGCCGCCUGGGGUACAGCGUCACAGUCUACAUGGAGGGCUCCACCGCGCAUAAAUUGCAAACAUCUACGUUGAUCAGUGUGCGUAGCCAUAAUGGUAACACGCCGUCUUAUGCGCCACUUACAUCACAGAACAGUGCGCUUAUUCCAGCCUGCUUUGUCUUGAAACUCAAUCGGCCUAUGCCGAUGUGCGUCGCGUUAUUACGCCAGAUCCAGGCUAUUACCGAUUUGGAAAUUGCGGACUGUUCAUCUACACAUCCACUGUUGAGUCUUAUCGCAAAGCAUACCAGCGACGGCAAACUUGAUUCCAGUAACAAUCGUGGUCUCUUCGUUACGUUGCCCGAUCAAACUCACUGUUAUUUCAUGACGGAGAGUCGUAGCAUGCAAGGGGUGCUUGUCAGUAACAUACCUUUCACACAUCCGGCGCAUGUGGCGCAGAUUCUUGUUUUUAAGGCAACAGGCGCUUUUAACACGUUGAUUGCCAGUUGUAUUCGGCCGAAUAGCAAUCAGGACUUGGAAAAUAUGGUGGUUUUAGAGGUAAGCGCUUUGGGCUGGACGCAUAUCUCAAUUGCGUUGGAACAUCCACUUGAAGAGAGUCUGUCGAUGGCUGAGAUUGACCUCUCUGAUAUAUCGAAUCUUACCUGUAAGAUAUAUUCUCCGGCUCAUGCCCCGAUGAAUGCUACGGAUAUAGCGUCUGAACUUACUUCGAAGGUGCUCAACCGCAGUUUCUCGAUUCCGAUCACGAUGCGUUCGAUUCUGGUCUAUUGGGAGAAGCAGAUCGUUCGCCAACAAAACCAUUUCAACGGGCUGGAAAAUUUUAACUUGCCCCUCGGCGCUGGGGAUCGGGGUAGAAACGGUAACUCGGGUAAUACGUUAGGCGAGAGGGAAAUCACACCGGAGCCUUCUGGCCAUGGCAUGCCGCUUAUGUCGCAUCCCCAUCAAGGCAUGUUUCUGAACGAGUCGCUUAUGAGCGGCGCUAGUUUCGCUGGUUUUCAAUCGGACGGCGCGACGGUGACGCCGGUGCUGACCAAUGUUGAGCUGACGAAUAUACUCGCCGGCGGUGAUAAACCGAAGCGGGUCAAGCGUAAGGCAACGGAGGACGCGUGGAAAAGCAGUGCGAAGCGUAAGCCUGGUGCUGCUGACGAUGAGCUGCUGGAUGCCUCCAGUUGUGAUUCCACGUCGCGUAGUACGCCGCUAUCGCAGGAUGCUGAGAUUGCUACACCCAAUUCGGUGUUGGGGUUUCACUCCGAUUUGGAGCUGAGCGCACUGGACGCUUCUGAGCUGAUUGGUGACAAGGAGGCUGACUUCGAUACUGAUGACUUGGGCUAUGUGGAGGAGUUGCUUUCGGGUAAGAAGGAUAAAUCGCCGCUUUUGCCGGAUUUUGAGACUAAUAAGUUAGUCUCUCCGAGCGUGAGCAACCCGAUUCAUAUGGCGGGUGCUUCGAGUGGUUCUUCAACGCCAAUCACAACAUCGUCUGAUCAGCGACGUUCUGGGAUAGAGAUUUUUCCUAUCUCUGCUGCUUCAGCGCAGUUAUCUGGUGCUGUGACUAUUACUCCAAUUGCGCAGAAGUCUGACAAAGACCGGAAAGACAAAAGUGGUAAACGGUCGGAUGAUAAGGCGCGGCUAGAGAAAAAGAAGCGUAAACGCGAGGGUUCACCCAUGGGCCCACCGGAGAAGAUUCCGUCCAAGGCGGAUAUGCUACCGAAACCACCCGGUGCUAGUGGUGGUAGUGGUGGAGGUAAACCACCGGAAAGUCCGCCGAAUUCACCCAAUAUGGCUCGAAAAUUCAGCCAAUCACCGACACACAACCGUAGCCUUAGUGGUAAACUCAGCCCUAAUCUGAUGAAGUCGACUAUUAAGACCCACAGCCCUAAGCAUUCACCUGCGCAUGUUCCCAGUAGCCCAAAACAUGUCCUACCCGGUAUUAGUAGUCCAAAGUCGUCGCCCAAACACCCGUCCACAAGCGGCAGCGGCAAACCGAGCAUGUCGACUAAAAACGCAGCAAGCUCCCCGUCUAGCAAGAGCGACGUGAAGAAGUCCGGCUCGAAAGAUUCCGCGCGAGAGAAGGACAAGAAGAGGGGUAGUAGCUACGUGAACGCGACGAAAAGCGGCUCCAAGAGUGCGCUGAAAGUGAAGCCGCUUGAUCUGAACACACAUGCGAUUGAUAUGGCGGGUAGCAGCGUGGGUGGAGGUUCUGAAUCCGGUACAACUUCGCCUGGUCUUGGUACUGACCUUGUCAAAUCCAGCGGGGGCAAUCAGAUGCGAAAUCGCAAAUCGGGCCAGUUAUCCGCUAUCGUCGAUAAGUUAGCCAAGGCGCAGAAUUGUGACAUUGCCGCUGAUCCAACCAGUAAGCCGAAGGAACGUGCCACUACACCUGGCAAGGGCGAAAAUCCUGGCAUGCCACCAAAAAGUGGUUCCGCUUCGAAACUGGGCCAAGAUACGAAGAAUUCCGAGUAUGUUUUGUUGAAACAUUCAUCGGAUUGCAUGAAACUGACCAUCAACAAGACCCGCGCACGUGAGCCAGGCGCCAAACCGAUGAAAACCUGCGGGUCUAGUUCAAGUUCCAACAGCUCAGGAUUAACCUCGGCGGGUAUGAGUGGUACUGGCUCGCCGAAAAAUCACACUGGUUUAAAACCCGGUGUUAAUUCUGGACCGGCAUCGAAGAAACCACAGCAGCCUGGAUCAACUAAACCCCUUAGUAGUAAUCCUAACGCCGGAUAUCCCUCCAGCAGUAUAAAGCCUUUCAAAUCCUCGUCCACAUCAUCGUCUUCUUCAUCUGCUUCAUCAUCCGGAAUUAAACCAAUGAACUCAUCUGGUUCCCUGCCGAAUUCGUCGAAUCCGAAGAAGAUUCUCAACUUCUAUCCGCCCAAGAGCAGCUCUAGUGAUCCUGCCCGGAUGAAGGAGCGACCCAAAAUUAGUAAGAGCUCCUCUGAGAAGUCGAUUUUGGCAACAGAUAAAGGCAAGGCUAGCCCCACGCAGGAUACGGAGAAUCUGAGUCUAAAUUUCCCCAGCAAGAAGCAGUUUGACAAGAGCUUUCAAAUACCGAAGCUCUCUGCGCGUACCGGUGACGAUAAGAAACCAAAGCCGGUUGAAAACAACGUAUUGGGUGUUAAUAAGGAUAAACUACUGGAUAUUUUUGCUAGCAGCGGCGUGACGAGCGCGCCCAGUAUGGCUAGCAAAGAUCUUUAG